UGACUUCCGGUGGAAAGAACAGACGCUCGUGUGUUGUGUAGUUUUGCAAGCAAUGGUAGCUUCAUCUUGACAGUCUUUAGAAAAUAGCUGUCAUUCAGACAAAAGCUAGAACUCGCUUCGGUCCUAUUCCUUCUACCAAGAUUCAACUGUUUUAACAGUGCGUGUCUUUAAUGAGUUCAAAGAAUGGGUGAUGCGGCCAAGUUGGCAGGAGUAGAGACCUCUGCGAAGUCUUUUUUGAAAAGAGCUGUGGAGCUUGAUUCGUCGCGUAGGUUUGACGAGGCAGUCACCUGCUACCAGGAAGGAUUGCAGCUGUUAUUAGAAGUUCUCAAAGGUACACAGGAUGACGCAAAGAAGAAAAAGUACCGCGAGAAGAUAUCAGAGUACAUGGCUCGGGCAGAAGAACUGAAACAGCAUGUCAAAGAAGAAAAAAGAAGGUACAACCCUGGAAAAUACCAUGAACAAAUCCGCAUUGAGGCCAAUUCUACAGGUCAUACGUAUGAGAAGUUAUUCUCUCGCUUCAUUGACAAGUCUGUAUCAGAAAUAGAAGUGGAAGAUCCCUACAUCCGUCCCUCACCGCAGGUUUACAACUUCCUGCGGUUCUGCGAGCUGGUUGUGAAACGUGGCCCCAAUGUGAAGAAGAUGAAGCUAAUCACGGGAGCAGAUAAUGAGGGACAGGGUCAGCAGCAGCGACUUCACCAGGUGGGGCAGAGUCUACACCAACAUGGCAUACAUCUGGAGGUAGAUUUCUCCUCAACACUACAUGACAGGGAGAUCAGAUUCAACAAUGGCUGGGUGAUCAAGAUUGGACGAGGACUAGAUAUGUACAAGGCUACAGAGAACAAGUUUUCCAUAGGAUUUUGUGACUUUGAACUGAGACAUUGCCAUGAAACAACUGUUGAUAUUUUCCAUAGGAAGAAUGUCAAAUCUGAGCCUGUUGAAAGCUGACGUAUAGGAGAGAUCUGACUGCUGUUCAGUGCCAAGAUCAUCUUAGCUGUGAUAGACAACUCAAUGAGAGUUCGAAGCUAUGGCUAUUUUCUGCAUAUUUGUACACAGGGACCCACUAGUUGUGAUGAUUGGCAUGAUACGUUGCAUACUUUAAAUAAUCUCAAUUGCAAAGUUUGUGUAUGGUAUUCCAGAAGUUUCAAAUUUUAAGCUUACAGUGACCAAUUUUUACAUCAAUGUUUACCUCCUUCGGCCUCCACUAUUUUCUAGUAGUGGUAACCCAGACUCAGCUCAAUGUUUGUUUAAUCAGUACAACAGCCAUCAUCAUAAUCAUACAUGUGCACAUGGUUUUAUCCCUUUUUUAUGCUGUGAUAUGAAAUAUCUGUUGUAUUUUUUCAAUUAAACAAUAGCUUUUACCUUUUUUAUGGACUGAUAAUUAAGAAUUCUCACAAGAAAGUAACCGGAAAAGCAUAGUGAUCACAAACAGCUGAUUUCUAGGAUGUGUGAAGCUUUUCAAACCCACAAUUAUCCAUAAGCUCAUUAUUCUGUAUGUAAAUAGUAUGUAUUUCAUGUGAAACGAUAAUAUUGUUCCACACGAUGUCUGUUAGGGUGCAGUGGAGUUUUGACAUAAUGUUUUACCCUAAUAAAUCAAUUGUAUUUUUCAUGA